CCUGUGGCUGCCAAGCUCCAUUAAACUAUCGGCAGCCGGGGGGACGCGCCGCACAGCGAAGGCGGGCCGGGCUGUGCGGCUUGACUUUAAAAUACAGAAGUUUUAAAUUUUUUUAUUAUUAUUAUUUUAUAUUUUUUUUUUCCCCUCCCUUCGCAAGGCUUGGCACGGAGCAGGGCGGCCGCUCCGGCCCUGCUCCGCCGCGCUCAGCCUCCCGCCGGCGGGCUGAAGCCGCCGUCCCGCCGCCGCGGGCACCGCCGCUCGGAGGCGGCCCAUGGCUGCCCCGCCGGGCGCCGCGCCCCGCUGAGCUCCGCGGGCACCGGCGGCCAUCGCGCCUCUCCUGUCGCCGGCUCUGCGAGGAAACAGAGCGGCCACCAUGGUCCGGUGCUGGUGGCUCGCCGGGCUGCUCGUAGCCUGCUCAGCCUGCGCGGCCGCGGAGCCGCCGCUGCGCUGGGAGCCGCGGUGCCGGCAGCAGCUGCGCCACCUGCAGGAGGGCGCCGGGAUCGCGGCGCGGCUGCCGCCCCGCCUGGAGGGACGCUGGGUCUCCACCGGGUGUGAGGUGCGGCCAGGACCCGAGUUCCUCACCCGAUCCUACCUCUUCUACGCCAACCGCCUCUUCAAGGCUUACCAGUUCUACUACUGGGACCCCUCCUGCCGCGACCCCUCCUACUCGCUGGUCAUCAAGGGCAAGCUCCGCCUGCGCCAGGCCUCCUGGAUCACGCGCGGGGCCACCGAGGCCGACUACCACCUGCACAAGGUCGGCAUCGUUUUCCACAGCCAGAAAGCCAUGCGGGAGGUGGCCGCCUGGAUCAACCAGACAUCCGGCGAGGGCUGCAGGGGGUUCCUGCCCCCGGGUCGCACCUGGGUUCCCGGAGCCCUCUAUGAACUGCUGAGCGCCAAGACCGAGCGCGACUGCACGGCUGCCUUGGGCUUCGCCAUGCACGAGCUGAGCCUGGUGCGGGUGGAGAGGCGCUACCAGCCCUUGCUGCAGCCGCAGCAGAGCGGCAGCCGGCUGGUGGAGGAGCUGUACCUGGGGGACAUUCACACCCAGUGGGUGGAGAGGCUCCACUACCGACCCACCGGUUACCAGCGGCCUAUGCAGAGCGCUGUGCACCAUGUGCAUCCUUGCCCAGCCUGUGGGAUUAUUUACAGAGCUGAUGAACACCACCCACCCAUCCUGCCCCUCCAAGCUCAGCUGCCAAUGCAGCUCAGUGGCAGCUGGGUGAGCACCCACUGCGAGGUCCGACCUGCCGUGCUUUUCCUUACCAGGUACUUCAUAUUCCAUGGUAGCAACCACACCUGGGAAGGUUAUUACUAUCACUACUCUGACCCACUCUGCAAACAGCCAACUUUCACCAUCUAUGCAUCUGGGCAUUACACCCAAGGAAUCCCCUCUUCCAAAGUGAGGGGUGGGACAGAGCUGGCCUUCAAAGUCACGCAGGCUCGGGUGACGCCAAUGGACCAGCUGACCGUGGUGAUGCUGAACUCCUCAGAACCUGGAAGCUGUGGGCUGACAAGCUCCUGGAGCGCUGGGGUGGAGCAGGAUAUAACACCCACAAAUGGAUGUUUGGCUUUGGGCAUCAAGCUGCCCCACACAGAGUAUGAACUUUUCAAAACAGAGCAAGACACGACAGACCACAGCCUGCUCUACGUUGGCGAGAGGCCCACGGAUGGAUCCAGUCCUGACAGCCCAGACAAGCGACCCACCUCCUAUCAGGCACCUCUGAUUCAGUGUGCUGGGCCACCAGAGGAAUUCUCUAACUAUGUUAGUCUGAAAUACCUGGGGAGAAAGGAUGCUAAUGGGAAUGAAGCACUAAAACCUUUGUCUGUGGCCUUUUUACUGUUUAUAUCAUUUCUGUUUUUAAGAUGGGACUAGUCAUAUAUUCAGGUACAGCACAGAAUGCAGACAGUCUUGGUGCUAGCAUAACCUUAGCCUUCAAAUGAGCACAUCUGGAAUCAGUUUAACGCUGAUUUGGAAACACUUUUAGAAAACACCCAACAAGAGUGAAUGAAGCCAAAGAGAUAUGCCUGGCUACAUCCUGCUUGUCCUGUGGCCUUAUUGCCUCAUCUCCCCCCUUCUUUGCACACAAGUUUAAUGGACUGACAUGGAUGCGCUGCACAUGGCAAGAGACAGCUUGGCUAUAUGGGGGGAAGUGACACCAAUUACAAUUGCUUUGAGCUUUUGACAUUGCUAAGAUUUAAUCAAAAACCUUGAUUCAGAUGUAACUCAAACAUCCAAAGUGCUGGCUGCUGAGUUUCUUUGAGGUUAAGUUCUCUCCCAUCAUAUUCCUUAUUGCUGUUCUUGCAAAUUUAAUCUGCAGUCAGUCAGCAACAGACAAGCAGUCAGCAAGUGCUCUUGAUAAGGGCACUGUUAAUCAUACUUUUCUCAGUUCACAGUUUUUUUCUGCAAUUUCUCUGUGUAUGUACACACACAAAAAUGCAACAUAGUCUUUCACUUCGUAUGUGCCCAAAGUAGCCCUCACAGAGCAUUAGCUCCACAGACUGUCAUGCCUGACCCUGGUCAUUAACAGAAGAUACAGUAAAAAGGAAAAAAGGCUUCUGUGCAUAACGGCUCCAACCUUCAGCAUUACCUAACUGCAGAGUCUGCAUCCUUGCUGCAUUAUUCUGGCUCUCCCAGUGCAGUACUGGCCUGCACUUUGGUACAUCAGCAAUGUCCCCAUGUCACUGCACACCUUGUCCAGGAGGCAAAGGCACUGACAGGCAAUCGUGACUCCCACUCACCCUGCACCAAGGGAAGCAGAAGGUGACUUACAAGCCUUCUCAGGCUGUUUGUUUUCACUGUGUCCUCUCCAACAAGUGUACUGGCAUACCAGUUGUUAAUCCAGCUCUCCUUUCAGUCAAAAUGUCACUUCCAGCCUCAUUCCUGUACAGAAGUUUUAUAUAUCUGCCUUUAGUGAACAAUGGGCUGAGGAGAUACUGGAAUCAGACAACACAAGUCUGACUGAUUUCUACUAACAAGAAGGACAAACUAAGAAAUUAUAUUUCCUGUCUGCUGCAACUAAGAAGCAUAUCACUUACUUGGAGAAGACCUCCACCCAGUAGCUAAAUCCUCUCCGAAUAAACCUAUAUAUCUUACUCACAAAGGAUAUUUUGUUAAACCAGCUAUGCAAUAGCUACCUUCUUAAUGCUGUAUUUACAAACUUGCAGCUUAUACUUAGAUAAAUUAUGGGAUUUAUAACAUAAAAAUACUUUUGGGGGAUCUGUACAUUAAGUAAUAAUUCAAAUGAGAUGCUUAUUAAAUGCAUACAGUUGUGACAUAAA